AUGGAAGUUUUAGAGGAAGAUAAUCCUAAUGAUUUUCAAAUAUCCAAGUUUGUUAGGAGAGUGCCUAAUGAUAAAAGAAAGAUUAUAUUUGAAGCUUUAUUGAAUUACAAUGUUGAAGGAAAAGUAAGACAUGGAGCAAUUAGAGAUGUUGCAAGUAUAUACUCUGUUUCUACAAGGACGGUUAGUCGAAUAUGGAAAAAGGGGAUUGAUUGUGUUAAACAUGGUGUGCCGGUUGAUACUUCUUUGAACUUGACAGGAAAUGUUGGCAGAAAAAGGAUUCAGAUUAGUCCUGAUGAAGUUUCCAGAAUUCCUUUGAAUCGUCGUACAACAAUUCGGUCAAUGGCUACUGCUCUAAAUAUGUCAAAGACAAGUCUGCAUAGAAGAGUAAAAGAAGGAUCCUUGAAGUCACACUCAAAUGCUAUAAAGCCAUUAUUAACAGAGGAGAAUCGAAAGUCAUGAAAAGGUUUGGAGGGAACAAUUACA